AUGCCUCUUCCGCCCCUGCACGCCUCUUUCGCCCCGGGCCCAGAAGGGAGAUGUGGCCGGGGCUUCGCCAGCCUCACUAGGUCUGCCAUUUUCAAUUUUCAGAGUCUGUUGACUGUAAUCUUGUUGCUUCUAUGUACCUGUGCUUAUAUCCUAUCCUUGGCACUCAGCCUCCUGGACAGAAACAAAACUGGGCUGUUGGGUAUAUUUUGGAAGUGUGUCAGAACUGGUGAACGGAACAGUCCUUAUGUUGCAGUAUGCUGUAUUGUGGUGGCCUUCAGCAUCCUCUUCAUACAGUAGCUUGGAAAAAUGCCAGAAUUCAGUUGCCAUCAGAUUUAAAUAUGAAAAAAAUAAAGAACUUAUCUGCAGAAAAUAAUGGAAGGAAUGGUUAACCCAUUUAUCUCUGAACAUUGAAUGAGAUAAAUUUUCAGCUGCUGUUCUCUAUUUUAGUUAUUGGACCAAUGUUCUAUAUAAAUAAUUAGGAUGUAACCAUUUAAUACUCAGAGUUUAAAUAUGUCUGUAACAAUCAACCUCAGUACUGUCACUACAAUAUUACAUUCUGCAUAUGUCAUUCUGUUGUGUCAGAUACCAGUUUUUAGUGAGGUAUCUUUAAGGCACAUAGGAGAAAACAAAAUUGGUAAAUUAUUUAAGUUCCUUUCACUGUGAUUUGGAAACGAUAAAUCUUUAUAGAA